CUGUCCCAACUGCACGCUCAGAGCUCCUCUGGGUAGCGGCCGCUUGUGCAGCACGGCCCCAUCUAUCGCGACCCGCCGCGACAGGCCAUGUCCGACAGGCGACUCUGUCGCGGCACGGCAGGGUCCGCCCGCCCCCUCAGCGCUGGGGCGGGAACUACAGCUCCCAUGGCCGCGCGGGGCGAGCGUCGCCGCCAUCUUGGGCCGGGCGGCGGGGCGGCCAUGGCCGCGGGGCGGGCGGCGCUGGCGCUCUGGGCCGUGGCGGCCGUGGCGGCCGCGCUGUGCCGCCUGCAGCCCGCCCUGGCGGCAGAUGCCAAGUGGAAAGCGAUAACUGGCCAAAUUAAGAAAGCUGUGGAAGCCUAUGAGCCGUGUGUAAAGGAAAAUUGCAGCUGCCACCAAAGUGUCUGGAAGCAGGACCUGGCUCCUUUUCGAGGUGGCAUUUCCAAGGAGACAGUGUCAGACGUGGUGAGCCGGAAGCUUGGGACCCACUACCAAAUAAUUAAAAACAAACUGUAUCGUGAGCAAGACUGCAUGUUCCCUGCAAGAUGCAGUGGAGUUGAACACUUCAUUCUGGGGAUCAUCCACCGCCUCCCUGACAUGGAAAUGGUGAUCAAUGUGCGAGACUACCCCCAGGUUCCCAAGUGGAUGAAACCCAUUAUCCCAGUCUUCUCCUUCAGCAAGACAUCUGAAUACAAUGAUAUCAUGUAUCCUGCCUGGACAUUUUGGGAAGGAGGACCAGCUGUUUGGCCAAUUUACCCAACAGGUUUGGGGCGCUGGGACCUCAUGAGAGAGGACCUCAGAAGAUCUGCAGAAAAAUGGCCAUGGAAGAAAAAAAUCUCUAAGGGAUAUUUCCGAGGAUCCAGAACAAGCCCUGAGAGAGAUCCCCUCAUCCUGCUGUCCCGAGAAAACCCAGAACUUGUUGACGCUGAGUACACUAAAAACCAGGCUUGGAAAUCUGAAAAGGACACCUUAGGAAAGCCUCCUGCAAAGGAAAUUCCACUGGUUGAUCACUGCAAAUACAAGUACCUGUUUAAUUUUCGGGGAGUGGCGGCCAGUUUCCGCCUGAAGCACCUUUUCCUGUGCGGCUCGCUCGUCUUCCAUGUCGGAGAGGAGUGGUUGGAGUUCUUCUACCCCCAGCUGAAGCCUUGGGUCCACUACAUCCCAGUGCGGUCAGACCUCUCUGACGUCAGGGAGCUCUUGCAGUUUGUAAAGGAAAAUGAUGCCAUAGCACAAGAAAUUUCAGAGAGGGGACGUCAGUUCAUCGCUGAGCACUUGGAGAUGGAGGACAUCUCUUGCUACUGGGAGCAUCUGCUGUCUGAAUAUUCCCAAAUCUUGACUUACAAAGUGAAAAGGAGGAAGAGCUACAGCGAGAUCACUUCUGGACAGCUGAAAACAGAACUGUAGAGUCUUCUCUGUUUUUCACUUUGUCUCAAACGGAUCACUGUGGAAAUCUGAAGAUCAGUAUUAACUUAUUUCUUGCUCUCUCAGACUUACCUUUCACAGCAGAACUACAGAGAAGUCAGCAGUAGGCUGACUUGGACAUUGCUUCUAGGCACUGCGACCUGGUUAUAUAGUCACCACAGGAAUGGUUAAGCAGCAUAUUGGAUUAAGGCUAUUUAAUGUGGUGGUCAGUCAUGCCUAGAGGAGGGAUGUUAGCAUUUAGGACUUAGUUACUACCUGUCUCGGAAUGAUCCUUAAUCCCAUGCAGUCGAUGAGAAGCCUUACUGGACUUUUUACCAAAGGUCUUGGCAAAGGACACAGACUGUGAGCUGCACUCAGCUAGUAAAUACUUGCCCCUUUUUUUGGCAAAUGUUUUCUCAGCUAGGUGAUAGCACUUGGGGUAUUAGGUGUUCUCUGACAGAAGCAGGUACUGGGAUUUGGGGGUUACAUUUCUGGAUAGCUUAGAGUUUAUGUCAGGUUUUAGAGGUUGAUGGUAAGGUUUUGACAUGCCCUUGAAAGGAUAACUGAUCCUUGCAGAGUUACCCUACCUACCUCACCGGGGAAUCAGCAUGUGCUGGUGCUGGGGCCAUCAUCAGCGAUGUGCUUGGCAGCUGAGACAGAGAUGGUUCAUCCUCAGCAGAUGAGCUGGGUGCCUGCACAGCCCUAACUGAGCCCCUGUUAAUUAUCUCUCACCAGCUGCCUGGCCAGACAUCCUGGGAUGUCAUCCUUAGGAACCCAGAGAAAGUAUUCACAGAGGUAGAUUCAGCACUUCCUUUUUCCAAAAGUGCAGAGUCUGCUCUGAUCCCCUUCUGUAAUCCUUCCAGGAUUAUAUUGGGAUUUUUGGUUUGAGGUUUUUUUUAGGGUUUUUGUUUUGUUUUGUUUUUUGGGUUUUUUUUUUUUUUUUUGAGACGGAUAAUAUAUCUGCUCACUUCAGUACUUGCUUUUCUUCCCCACAGCUGUGCCACUUCUUUUUUCAUCUCCUUCAGCCUGGUUGCUGGUUGAGGGAAAGUCUUCAGUCACACAGUAGCAGCUACUGCUCACAUUACCCAAUUUGGGUUGGUCAGAGGCUGCUUGUGCUCACUGUGUUUAUGCCCACCACAGCCUCUCGGCUGAGAAGGACUGCAAUUCCUGAAAUGCUCUGUGCCCCCUGAGGGGAGAGGCUGGGAGGCAGCAGCAUCUUCUCUGGCACCCAGACAGGAAGAGGGUGGGGUGGCAGGGGGGACACAGGAGCGUCCCAGGGGAGCACCCUUGUCGGUAAAGCAGCCUCAAGGCUGAGAGAGCAGUACAUUAUAAUGGAAGGGGAUGAUAGCAACAGCUCUCAGGCCCCUCUGCAGUCAGUGUGGAUCAGGGAAGAAGGAAAUUGCAUGGAACAAUAAUAUUUAAGUGCAUGUGUGCCCUCACAGAGGCCUUGCAGCCCUGGUAUAGGGAGACAGCAGCUGGCCCUAUUGAUCAAGUGCUGGUUGCUGGGGCAGUGUCUUGGUUUUGGGACCAGGGCUGGGGUUAUCUCAUCCAUCAAAGGAAAGAGAAUGGGGCAUUAAAAGAACCUGGUUUCCCAGGAAAACUGUGUCAGAGUGGAAAGGUUUUUCUGGUUUUCUAUUUUUAGCCAAUGGAGAGACAGCACUCCAAGAAACUGAACAGCUCUGUAUGAUAUUUUAAAACCAUUUGUAACUAAGUGCUUUUUGGAAUAAAACAAACAAAAAUGAA